AUGGUCGGUUUCAUAGGGAAUGUGGAAAGCUUCCAAGCAGACAACACUGUCAAACUACACUUGAAAAACGGUGGUGAAGAUGGUACUUCUAUAAUACCUUUCAAAGAAGUUGUUAAUUCAGUGGAUGGUUUAUCAAAUGGUUCAAAAUUCUGGUUAAAACCGUGGUUAUUCACUGGGGAUUUACAAACAAUGUAUCUUGGUGCUGCUGAUUACUCCCGUGAGUUUCAAGUAUGGUAUGGUAGAAGACUUAUUGAAUUCCCUGAUGGUGGUAGUUCAACUGCUGACUUUGCUAUACCAAAACCUGAAUCAACAGAAGAUUUUUAUAAUAUUGCUGCUAAAACAUUACCAUCAGGUUGGCCAAAACAACAUCCAAGAACAAGAUUCUUCACACCAGAGGAACUAUCACAACAACCUAGUAACGAUACAAAACCAUUGGUUAUUAUAUCUCAUGGUCUUGGUUCUGGAUCUCAUGCACCAGAAGUUAGAUCUAUUGUAGAUAAAUUAACCAAUAUAAAUGGAUUUGAAGUUGUUGUUUUAAAUUCAAGAGGUUGUUCAAGAUCAAAAUUAACUUCUGGUGAAUUAUUUAAUGGUCUUGCCACUGAUGAUUUACGUCAUUUCGUUAAAUUUAUUCAAAACAUUUAUCCAAAUAGACCUUUAUUUGGUAUUGGACUUUCAUUUGGUUCUACUGUAUUGGUUAAUUAUUUAGGUGAAGAAGGGGACCAAUCACCAUUUGUUGCAUCUGUUACAUUAUCAAAUCCUUGGGAUAUGGUUGAUUCAAUGUAUAGAUUCCCCAAUAGAUUUUUAACAAGAUUUUUAUUUCAAGAUGUUACAACUUCAUAUUUAACAAGAUUAUUAAAAUCAAAUAGAGAAACAUUAUUAAAAGAAGGUUUAAUCACUGAAAAGGAUUUAAAACAUAAAUAUACUUCAAUAAGUGAUUUUGAUAAUAGAAUAACUGCACCUUUAUAUGGAUUCCCAACUUCUUGGACUUAUUAUAGAGCUGCAAGUUCAAUAAAUAGAAUUUUCAAUGUUCAAACUCCUUUAUUAUCAAUAAAUUCAUUUGAUGAUCCUGUGGUUGGUGUUCAUUCAAUCCCAACGGAAGAAGCUAAACAUAAUCCAUAUAUUGUUCAAUUGAGAACAGAUCUUGGUGGUCAUUUAGGUUAUAUUCAAUCUGAUGGUGAUUCUUGGGCAUCAAAGAAAAUUUGUGAAUUUUUUAAAAAUUUUAAUGAUUUAGUUGAUACUACAAAGAAACCUGAAACUGAUUAUAUAAAACCUGUUUCAAGAUAUGAUUCAAAAUUACAUUAUUAG